CACAGAGUAUGCGUGAGAAGUUCGAAAAAUUUUGAGAGGUCUUUGGUUGUUUUAAGACUUGUCUUCAAACGGCGUACUUUGUCUUGUUGGCCAGCUAAAUGAGUGCAGAACAACAAGGUGCUCUUCUUCUCAAGAGACAGCUUAAGGAACUAACCAAGAAUCCGACUGAAGGUUUUUCUGCUGGCCUUAUCGACGAUGACAAUCUUUUUAAAUGGGAAUUAAUGGUGGUUGGACCCCCGGACACCUUUUACGAGGGAGGCUUGUUCAAAGCGCACUUGUAUUUUCCUAAAGAAUACCCACAAAGACCACCGAAAAUGAGAUUUAUAUCGGAUUUCUGGCAUCCAAAUGGUAAGUUCGUCACGACUUGGCAUGAUUUUUCCAAUGCGUGUACCUUUCCUUUGCACGUUGUUCUUUCUCUUUGUUUUGUGCCGCGAUGACGUUUUUAUGUUAGAUGAUUCUUCUUUCGUUUAGACACGGCUUCCUCAAAGAUUGAAAGUAAAACUCUUUGAGCAUGGAUAAAUAGCCAAUUUUUAUCAACAAAAACCCAUUUUAGGCUUUUUUAAGCUUAUAUUCAACUAUAAGGACCCCUAAUCAUGAGUUCUAAAUUUCCUCGUAAGGUUAUAUAUCAUAUUGAUGAUCAUAUUUUGUGUUAAACUGGUCGAUUUUUCAGACAAUUGUAAGCAAUGAUUGAUCUUUGUUUCUGGGUCACCUCAUUUCUUCUGAAUUCGUGUAUAUUUCUCUUUUUUUAUCCCACUAUUAAAUAAAUUAAUUAAUUAAUCAUAACUUUAACAAAAUUCUUGAUUCUGAUUGGUCUCCUAUUUGUCAUGUAAGUGAUAAUGGCAUGUGGUCACAGUGCUGGAAAUAAUUUUUCUUCUUUAACAGGACAUGUGUCCUUUCAAAUCU